ACUGCUUUUGGAGCUCAGGAGGACGGCGAGUCCCAGGAGCCUAGGGAGCCGUGGCGCUGGGAGUUUCGGCCAGCUGGACAGCAGGCGUCCGCCAAGCGGCCACUGAAUGUUUGUUUGCUACUGAUGGGUGUGAGCAAGUUAGAUAUUCUAUACCGGAGACUACUCCUUACAAAACUUUUUAUCAGAGGAUGGGGAAGGCCAGAGGAUCUCAAAAGACUCUUUGAAUUCAGGAAGAUUAUUGGAAAUCGAGAAAGAUGUCAGAAUCUGGUUUCAAGUGAUUAUCCAGUGUACAUCGAUAAGAUUGAAGAGCAAUCAGAUUGUAAGAUCCUAGAUGGACACUUUGUUUCCCCCAUGGCCCAUUAUGUGCCUGAUAUCAUGCCAAUUGAAUCUGUUAUUGCUAGGUUCCAAUUUAUUGUGCCUAAAGAGUGGAACAGCAAAUACAGACCUGUAUGCAUUCAUCUUGCUGGAACAGGAGAUCAUCAUUACUGGAGACGACGAACACUAAUGGCUCGUCCUAUGAUUAAAGAAGCCCGAAUGGCCUCUUUGCUGUUAGAAAACCCUUAUUAUGGCUGCAGGAAACCCAAGGACCAAAUAAGGUCCAGCUUAAAAAACGUGUCCGACCUUUUUGUGAUGGGAGGAGCUCUUGUUUUAGAAUCUGCAGCUCUCUUGCACUGGCUAGAGAGGGAGGGUUAUGGACCUCUAGGAAUGACCGGAAUAUCCAUGGGAGGACACAUGGCUUCCUUAGCAGUAUCCAACUGGCCUAAGCCCAUGCCAUUGAUUCCAUGUCUGUCUUGGUCCACAGCAUCUGGGGUCUUCACUACGGGCGUGCUAAGUAAAUCAAUUAAUUGGAGGGAACUAGAAAAGCAGUAUUAUACACAGACAGUUUAUGAAGAAGAAAUUAUUCACAUGCUUGAAUACUGUGGAACAGAUUCUUUCAAAAUGGGACAAGAGUUCGUGAAACGCUUCCCUAGCAGUGCAGACAAGCUAACUAACCUUAAUCUGGUUUCUAGAACUUUAAAUUUAGAUAUGACGGACCAAGCUGUGUCCCCAAAACCUGUUGAAUGCCAUAAAUCUAGUAGAACAUCUAUCAGUGCCACAUCAGAAGGACUCUUGUUACAAGAUACCUCAAAGAUGGACUGCUUCAAUCAAACACUUUCAACCAACAAAAGUAGUUACACAAGUUGUCGUCCUCAGUCAUGCCACCUACUCAGUAAAGAACAAAGAAGAAACAAUCUUCAGAAAGAAUCUUUAAUAUUUAUGAAAGGAGUUAUGGAUGAAUGUACUCAUGUAGCAAAUUUCUCAGUUCCAGUUGACCCAAGCCUCAUCAUAGUGGUUCAAGCCAAAGAAGAUGCCUAUAUUCCACGAACAGGAGUUCGAAGUCUACAAGAAAUUUGGCCUGGUUGUGAAAUCCGAUAUCUAGAAGGGGGUCAUAUUAGUGCUUAUCUUUUUAAACAAGGACUCUUCAGGCGAGCCAUCUAUGAUGCAUUUGAACGCUUUCUCCAUAAAUACGCUAACUAAUGGGAUCACUCUAUGUAGCCAGUGGAGCCAUCAUGUUUCUCACAAAAGGAGCUUCAUCGUUUGAUGAUGUGAAGAACAAGCAGACAGCACUAUAUACUCUACCUGCUGUCAAUUGAGCCUGGAAUUCAGUAUUACAAAUCAGUCAACUG